AUGAACCAGCUUCCUGAGAUUAUAUUAGAGGAGCAACCACAACUCUCACAAUCUGAUGCAGCAUCUUUGAAGGACGCGCUUCGCUCAGCUGCUGCUUCUGUUUUGAAUCGAGAAGCAGAAUUGGCGAAAAGUGGAAAGAAAGUUGGGAACACGCCGUGCACCGCAUCGCCCGAUGGACGAUCCCCCGCAGAAAACUUCAUCGGUCGACGCCUGCUUUGCACGCUGGACAUGCUGAAGCCUAGCAAGAUGCCAAAAGCUAGGCCAGACAACGCCACGGAAAAGCAGUACCGAAGAAAUGGGGCCAAGCCGGGAAGUUUUAGGCCAACCUCGGUUUUGCUUGCGACUUCCGCUGCGGACAACAACGAUGGUCUCCUAGGAUGCGUUCAAUUGCGACAGGGCUGUACGCUCUACGACGUCCUAGUGCAAGGAAUCCAUCUGGAAGCGCCAGGCCAAUCAGCUACGCUUAUGUGCUUCGCUGGAAGAAACGCAUGA